AUGACACUUCUCCGCGACGAACGCAGCCUUACCCUCAAAGUUGGCAAGGUUGGCCUCUUCCACACUCUAGCUUUUGGUGAUGAAGAUAUCGCAGGGAGGACGCGGUUGAGAUUGAAAUGCGAGCUUCAACUCUCAUUUUUUUCGCGAUAUUGCGGCUUCAUUUGGAAUCAUGAUGACUACCAGCUUGAUUAUCUGCUGGACGAUAAGGCUUCAGGCGUUGUGUUACGAACUAACUCCAGUGUGGAUACUGUUGAGCUCAAAGUUGCUGAUCGAGUGCUCGCACUUCGAUCUGGUCUCACGCCUCACGGAUUUCCUGUACGAAAUCUCAAAACGGCAUGCCAAAGAAUCAAAGCAAUAGGCUUUGCAGUUGCGGGUGUCUUUAAAGCAGUCCUUUCGGCUUCGCUUUACUCGCUUGUUGAUGUUGAUGUAGGGCGCCGUCAAACAUGUUGCAACAUAAAUACUAAUCUGGUCUUGGCAAGCGACUCAAGCAAUGGAAACAGAACUCGAUUUCUAGCUGCAUGGUCUCAGGUCGCAGACAAUUUUGAAGAACGGGUCAAGACUCUCACAGUGGCAUUCAUCGAAGAGGCCGCUGCCGUUCCAGGCACGUCUGUAGAAAAUAUCCAAGCGACUCGACCUUUGACGGCCCACAGCCUUGCUUCUAUUAUUGUAAUGGAAUUUAGGAAGUGGUCUUCUGAUCAUGUUAACUGGCGCUAUGGAUUUCCCUGUCUCGCAUCUUCGAUGCAACUAGGCAUGAAAGCCAGAACAAAACGUCUGUUACACGUGAGACGUACGUGA